AAAAAAAAAGAAGAUUCCAGCAUCAUAGGUGGGCACCAGUCCAUAAAGAGUUAUACUGCAUCCGCCACUCACAUUCGCCACCAUGCGUUACAUUCAUGAUUUGUUAGACAUGUGAUGAUUCUGCCACGAGGCCGUGCUGUCCCUAUCUUGCUUCUUCAAACCACUUCAUCUCUCAACUUAUUUGAUUUUCGACUCUAUCCUGAACCUUUUUGCCACUUGUGUUGGUCAUUACACCAUAUCACCAUCAUGUCUGGCACAUCAUCUCCAAGGGUCGCGAAUCAGGCAAAAGCAACAUCCAAGCAGCAGCAGCAGGAGUACCAUUGUUUCCUUCGUCUAGUGUACAUUUUACUUGCAUCUAUCUCCCCAUACUCCUUCACCAUCUGUUCUAUUUUCUCACUGUCUCUGCUUGUCUUCUGCUUCUGAUCUACUGGCCUGUAACGAACGUGUCAAUGAUGUAGUCACGUGAAG